UUCAAUGAACUCCGCCUAACUGUGCGCUUUUAUUGCGACAAGUUGACACAGGCUCUGACCAGAUUUCGAUCACAGUCCCACAUCAACACAACACGGGUCAGCGCAGGACAGCGGAUCAAUUACAGAAUGACAGAUGAGAAGACAUGUGAGAUGGACACUGAGACACCACAGACUGCACAGGAUCAACAGAGCGUAGUAUGCAGGGUGAGUAAUAUGCCACUGGUGAGUUCAGCCUGUGGUGCGGUGUUGAAUGCCUACAGCACUACAAAGGAUAGUGUACCGCUCCUGAAAGGAGUCAUGGAGGUGGCAGAAAGUGGGGUGCGCACUCUCGGGGCUGUUGCCACGACAGGUUCCAAACCGAUAUUUGACCGUCUAGAACCACAGCUUGCUAUGGUAAAUGAAUAUGCCAUGAAAGGGCUGGACAAAGUAGAAGAAAAUCUUCCCAUUUUACAACAACCAGCGGACAAGGUAGUAUCAGAUACAAUGGGAAUGGUGUACCAGUCAGUCACUGGGGCCAAGGAUGCAGUGAUGGGGGCCGUGAUGGGUGGAGUGGAGAUGACGCGUAUUGCUGUGAAUGAAAGCAUAAAUUCAGUUAUGGGGUCUCGUGUUGGCCAGAUGGUCAGUAAUGGUGUAGAUAAAGCCCUUACCCAUUCUGAGGACUGGGUGGAUCAGAACCUUCCACUGAGUGAGAAAGAGCUGGCUGCCCUGGCUGAACCAAGGCCAGGAGAGGAAGAAGGCUUCAUAGUAACACCUAACCCCAGCUACUUUGUCCGUCUGGGUAAGCUGUCUUCCAAAGUUCAGGAGAGGGCACUUCAACAAUCCCUUAUCAGGGCCCGCAAAGCCAGAGACACUACGCAUACGGCAGUGACUCAAAUGACCAGCACCUUAGACCUGCUAGAAAGUGCCCAUACUGCUUUGACCACUGCCAACCAGCAGCUAGGCGGGGCUCCCGAACAGUUGCUUCAGCGGUGGAAGGAAUGGAAGGAAGGUCAGCCCAAAGAAAUGGUGCGAGAAGCAAUUGGAGAGGCAGAUGUUGAUUCUGCAAAGGACCAGGGAGAGCAGCUGGAGCAGAGAGCCUUGUCAAUGGUUCGAGGUCUGAGUGACCAGCUGAAGACUGCAUGUUCAGGGGUUGUGUCCAGUGUUCAGGGUCUCCCAGGAACUGUGCAGGAACAGCUGCGGUCUGCUAGACAUACAGCCGAAGAACUCCAAGUGGCACUGAGAAGCACCAGUACGCUCACACCACUUCUCUUACUGCAGACACGCCAGCAGAUAACACAGGUACGACAAUCUUUAGAUGGAGUCGUGGAAUAUCUCCUCAAUAACACUCCUCUUAAUUGGUUGGUUGGGCCUUUUGCACCGCAAAUAACAGAAAAGGUGGAAUGAAGUUGUCACAUAACCCUAAAUGAAAACCAUGUUUGGAUAAGACAGAUAAAUAAAUGCUGCAAAAUGUCAUAUUGAAAAUAUUUAAAAUUUUAACAUGUGUUAACUUGUUUUAUUAGACUCACACUAGAAAGUGCUAUAAUGCACUUAAAAAUAAUGGUAUUACUUCAUCGUUGUCAGUAUUUAAGAGUAUUGAAACCUCUAUGUAGAAUAUGGACGCUUUGAUUUUGACGCCUUUAAACUUCUGUGGCAUUUUAUAAACAAUGAAUACAUUGUAUUUUCAGAAUGAAAACACCAUACUUCAUAGUCCCUGAUUGUGAUCAUAGGUCCAGUAAUUGUGUAAGAGAUGUUUAUGUAACAUGCAAAAUAAAUGGAUCAAUAAAA